AUGCCCCGCACAACCCACACAACAACCACCGCCCGCAAACCAGGCCUCAUGUCCCGCUUGCGCGCCCGCCCCGCCCGUCGUCGAGAAGCCAAAGUCACGACCAAGCACUCCAAAAAUCCCAUCACCGGCACGCACAAGACGACCAGAACCACCGAGACCCAUCCCAACGGGCUCGGGCACCACGGCCACGGCGGUCGCGGACCCAUGGCGUCGAGCUCUCGUACCCACCACACGACGACGACGGCGGCGCCGGUGCACCAUCAGAGGCGGAAGCCGAGUAUGGGGGAUAAGCUUGUGGGAGGGUUGAAGAGGACUUUUGCGAGAAGUCCGGGGAAGAAGGUUCAUCUUGCUAAUAAGGACGUAGGCUGCUGGCACGAGGAGAAUGCAUGGCACUGA